CUUUUGCUUCUUCUUCUUGACAUCUGUUUACUUUUUGGUAGCCACCACGGGAACUCUCUCUCUCGCUCUCACGCUACCAAAAGGCAGUCGCUCAUCGUAGUCGUGCUCCCAGGCUAGGCGCCUUUGAUUCCCAUCCUCGGACGGCUUGACUCUUGCACCGAGUACACAUUUGUAGCCUCCCCCCCGUCAACUCCCCGUUCAGCCCCAGCAACAAGAACAAGCUUACAAUGGCUGGCACCAACCCGCUCGACGCCUGGUCGCAGCACCUUGGCCUCGACCACUCGGAGCCCGGAACUCCCGGCACUCCCCUCCAGACCGUGGACCGCCUCCGCAAGCAGCAGGCUGGCCACAAUGGCCCUCUCAAGAAGGUCCUGGUCGCCAACCGUGGUGAGAUCGCCAUCCGUGUCUUCCGUACCGCCCACGAGCUCGCCAUGUCCACUGUCGCCAUCUACUCGCACGAGGACCGCGCCAACGCUCACCGUUACAAGUCGGACGAGUCGUACCUUGUUGGCGAGGGCCUCAGCCCCGUCGGCGCCUACCUCGCUCAGGACGACAUUGUUCGCAUCGCCCUUGAGCACGGUGUCGACAUGAUUCACCCUGGUUACGGUUUCCUGUCUGAGAACUCGGACUUUGCCCGCAAGGUCGAGGAGGCCGGUAUCGCCUUCAUUGGCCCCCGCCCCGAGACCAUUGACGCUCUCGGUGACAAGACCAAGGCUCGUGACGUUGCCAUCAAGGCUGGCGUCUCGGUCGUCCCUGGUACCCCCGGCCCCGUCGAGUCGUGGGAGCUUGCCAAGGACUUCAUUGACAAGUACGGUUUCCCCGUCAUCAUCAAGGCCGCCAUGGGCGGUGGUGGCCGUGGUAUGCGUGUUGUCCGCGACAGGGAGAGCUUCAAAGAGAACUUUGAGCGUGCUGUUUCCGAGGCCAAGUCGGCCUUUGGUGACGGUACCGUCUUCAUUGAGCGCUUCCUCGACAAGCCCCGCCACAUUGAGGUUCAGCUCCUUGCCGACUCGCAGGGCAACUGUGUUCACCUCUUUGAGCGUGACUGCUCGGUCCAGCGUCGUCACCAGAAGGUUGUCGAGAUUGCCCCUGCUCCUCACCUCCCCGAGGAUGUUCGCCAGGCCAUCCUCAACGAUGCCCUCAAGCUCGCUCACGCCGUCAACUACCGCAACGCCGGUACCGCCGAGUUCCUGGUUGACCAGCAGAACCGCCACUACUUUAUUGAGAUCAACCCCCGUAUCCAGGUCGAGCACACGAUCACCGAGGAGAUCACGGGCAUCGACAUUGUCGCCGCGCAGAUCCAGAUUGCCGCCGGCGUCACCCUUGAGCAGCUUGGCCUUACCCAGGACCACAUCCACCGCCGUGGUUUCGCUAUCCAGGCCCGUAUCACCACCGAGGACCCCGCCCAGGGCUUCCAGCCCGACACGGGUAAGAUUGAGGUCUACCGUUCCGCUGGCGGUAACGGUGUCCGUCUCGACGCCGCUUCUGGCUAUGCCGGUGCCCAGAUCACUCCCCACUACGACUCCCUGUUGGUCAAGUGCUCCGUCUCGGGCGCCACCUACGAGGUCGCCCGCCGCAAGCUCCUCCGUGCCCUCAUCGAGUUCCGUAUCCGUGGUGUCAAGACCAACAUUCCCUUCCUCGUCAGGUUGUUGACCCACCCCGUCUUCGAAGCAGGCGGCUGCUGGACGACGUUCAUCGACGAUACUCCCGAGCUCUUCAAGCUCGUCAAGUCGCAGAACCGUGCGCAGAAGCUCCUUGCUUAUCUCGGCGAUGUCGCUGUCAACGGCUCGUCGAUCCUCGGCCAGGCGGGUCCCCCCGGUCUCAAGACCGAGGCUAUCAUCCCCAAGAUCACCGACAAGGACGGCAAGGUCGUCGACACCUCGGUUCCUCAGCUCAAGGGCUGGCGCAACAUCAUUGUCAACGAGGGCCCCGAGGCCUUUGCCAAGGCUAUCCGCGCCUACCCCGGUACCCUCAUCAUGGACACCACCUGGCGUGACGCUCACCAGUCGCUCCUCGCGACCCGUAUGCGUACCGUCGACAUGGCCAACAUUGCCAAGGAGACGUCGCACGCCCUCGCCAACGCCUACUCGAUCGAGUGCUGGGGUGGUGCUACUUUCGACGUGGCCAUGCGCUUCCUCUACGAGGACCCUUGGGACCGUCUCCGCACCCUCCGCAAGCUCGUGCCCAACGUUCCCCUUCAGGCCCUCGUUCGUGGUGCCAACGCUGUUGGUUACACCUCGUACCCCGACAACGCCAUCUACGAGUUCUCCAAGAAGGCCGUCGAGGCCGGUCUCGACAUCUUCCGUGUCUUUGACUCGCUCAACUACUUUGAGAACCUCAAGCUCGGUAUCGACGCCGCCAAGAAGGCCGGUGGUGUCGUCGAGGGCACCAUCUGCUACUCGGGUGACGUUGCCAACCCCAAGAAGACCAAGUACACCCUCCAGUACUACCUCGACCUCACCCAGCAGCUCGUUGGUGAGGGCAUCCACGUCCUCGGUAUCAAGGACAUGGCUGGUCUGCUGAAGCCCGAGGCCGCUCGUCUUCUGAUCGGCGCGAUCCGCAAGGCCCACCCUGACCUCCCCAUCCACGUCCACUCGCACGACACGGCCGGUAUCGCCGUCUCGUCCAUGCUGGCCGCUGCCCAGGCCGGUGCCGAUGUCGUCGACGUUGCUAUUGACGACCUUUCGGGCCUCACCUCCCAGCCCGCUAUGGGCGCCGUCGUCGCUGCUCUUGAGCAGUCUGGCCUCGGCCCCGGAAUCUCGCACGAGAACAUUAUGGCUCUCAACUUCUACUGGAGCCAGGUCCGCAAGCUCUACGCUCCCUUCGAGGCCAACGUCCGCGCCUCGGACUCUGGUGUCUUUGACCACGAGAUGCCGGGUGGACAGUACACUAACCUCCAGUUCCAGGCCUCGUCUCUUGGUCUUGGAACCCAGUGGCUCGACAUUAAGAAGAAGUACAUUGAGGCCAACCAGCUCUGCGGUGACAUUAUCAAGGUUACCCCCUCCUCCAAGGUUGUCGGCGACUUUGCGCAGUUCAUGGUCUCGAACAACCUCUCCAAGGAGGAUGUUAACGAGAAGGCUGCCACCCUCGACUUCCCCUCGUCGGUCGUGGAGUUCUUCCAGGGCUACCUUGGCCAGCCCUACGGUGGCUUCCCCGAGCCCCUCCGCUCCAAGAUCAUUCGUGACAAGCCCCGCAUCGACGCUCGUCCUGGUCUCAGCAUGAAGCCCCUCGAGUUUAAGAAGAUCAAAGCUGAGCUUCGUGAGAAGUAUGGUGCCCACAUCACCGACUUUGACGUCCAGUCGUACGCCAUGUACCCCAAGGUUUUCGACGAGUUCCAGACGUUCCUUGACAAGUUUGGCGACCUGUCCGUCCUGCCGACGCGCAUCAAGCUGCUCGCGGUGGGCCCUCUGGACACGAACAAGGGCACGCGAGAGGUGUUCUUCGAGCUAAAUACGCGCGCGAUUGUGAUUGAGGAUCGCUCUGCCGCCAUCGAGCACGUCACCCGUGAGCGCGCGACGAGCGAGCCUGGCAGUGUGGGUAGCCCCAUGUCUGGCGUGGUUGUGGACGUACGCGUCGCCAAGGGAUCUAUUGUGAAGGCUGGAGACCCCAUGGAGUCAGUUGUCUCAGCGCCCGUCAGUGGAACUGUGGCUCGCGUGCUCGUUUCGGAAAACGACAGCAUCAACUCCGGAGACCUCAUCGUUGAGAUCACGCACUGAGCGGGCCCAGUACAUGGGUUGUACCAAAAAGAUACCAGAUAGCCGUAGCAGGAGUGCCGUAAGUAGGUGUAGACAUGCAGUGUCAUCGAGUCAUGA